AUGCCAACAACGCUCAACGACCUCCCCGUUGAGAUUGUCCGCAUAUUAGCCCAGCACAUUCCCUCGACCGUCCUGCGAGGUGUCAACAAGCGGCUGUUCCUCUUUGUGGACGUUGUGUAUGAGGAGUUGUCGCGUGCCCGAUAUGCGCAAUUAGGCGAAAUUGCAUCUUCUCCCGCCAUUCGAAGCUACCACAAUCACAUUUGCAACAAGAACCAUGAGGACGAGACGAGGAUAUGGACCCCUGAGACUGCUGAGGCGUUUCCGGAAGGCUCCUGGUUCUUCAUCUACCAUUUCAUGCUGAGAGACGUGCGCUACUUUGACUCGCAGACGAUACAACGCAGCAGUGAGCUGGAGCGGGAAAAAUGUGACUAUUAUGACGAGCUGUCGGACUUUCCAGCUGCUGGCACCUGGAAGUACUUCCACAAGCCCAACGGCUGCCCGGGACUGUUUGCGGCCAACGUGCACUGGAUAGAAAUCAGAUACGAAGCUUACCUGGCGUCUGGCGUGUACGACGUGUUUCUGAAUCUGCGAACAACGGAUUUCCAGUCGCUGCAGCCGCUGUGCUAUCUGGCAAUCGAGGUAACGCCUCCCCAGGAUGCCAUGGUACGCAGACCGCCGAUGAGCGACCUGUCAAGUCUGGGUAAUAUGCUUCCGGAAAAGGCACACAAUAACCAAAACCUGAUACUGAACCUAGGGAGGGUUUCUGUGCCAGAAAGCGAGGACAAAAAAUGGAACCGACUGUGCGUGGGCAUCACGGAUUUGUCUAACUCUAUCAAGAGACGGCUCAUAUUCAACUGUCUGCAGUUCAGAGCCGUGUUGGAUUCGCAGCAACAGCGUGCUGUUACACCCAGCGAGUAUAUUGAGGAGACAGACGACAGCCACACAUGGUGGAGCGUGGAUCGCACCACCGUUGAGGAAGAAGGACUCAUGUGGGGGGCCUAUGAGGAACUCAACAAGUUGAAGCAUGACCACUAUGUGGUUUCCAAUACUCCGGUAGAGUCAACUUAA